AUGCCCUCGUGCAGAGGGCAUGGCGCCGGCACCGCUGAUUGCAGAACUCACAUGGCCAACAUCUGCGAUACGUGCAACGACGGGUACCACAGAAACGGAGACGUCUGCGCCGCAAAUAUUUGCACGUGCACGAACGGCGUCGGGGCAACGCUGACCGAGUGCACGACCCACGACACCGCAAAGUGCAAGACGUGCGACAGCGGGUCUUCUGAAGCUUUCGGUUUGGUCGUUGAGCACGCCUGCAAAAAUUUUCGUAUACAGCACGUUGCCAAGAUGAUCAUAUCAUCGUGCGUUUCGAGCAGAGCAGAAUGA